AUGCCUGUAUUAAAACAAUCCCAAAAUUCAGAUAAUGGCAAUUCAAAUGAAUUGGUCCAAAGUGCUCCAAAUUUAAGUGAUUUUAACCAAAUCCAAUCCUAUCUACAAAAGGAAUCUGAAAAAAUUGACGAGUGGUGGAACGAUGAACGUUGGAAUGGUGUCAAGAGAAUUUAUUCUUCUUAUGAAAUCGCAAAAAGACGUGGUGUAAUGGAAAAAGUAGAUUACCAAUCCUCUGUAAUGUCAAGAAAAUUAUACAAAGUAUUGAGAAACCAUUUCGCAAAUGGUACUGUCUCAAAAACUUUUGGUGCUUUGGAUCCAGUCCAAAUUACUCAAAUGUCAAAAUAUUUAGAUACUAUUUAUGUUUCUGGCUGGCAAUGUUCUUCCACUGCAUCCACUUCAAAUGAACCAGGUCCAGAUUUAGCGGAUUAUCCAAUGGACACAGUCCCAAAUAAGGUAGAACACUUAUUCAAGGCCCAAUUGUUCCAUGACAGAAAACAAUUUGAAAUGAGAGCAAAUGCUUCUUCAAAGGAAGAAUUAGAAGCUUUGGGCAAACCAACUGAUUAUUUGACUCCAAUUGUUGCUGAUGCCGAUGCUGGUCACGGUGGUUUGACUGCGGUCUUCAAAUUAACAAAGAUGUUCAUCGAACGUGGUGCCGCUGGUAUUCAUAUCGAAGAUCAAACUUCAACAAAUAAAAAAUGUGGUCAUAUGGCUGGUAGAUGUGUUAUUCCAGUUCAAGAACACAUCAACAGAUUGACCACUGUAAGAAUGUGUUCUGAUAUCAUGGGUUCAGAUUUGGUUUUGGUUGCAAGAACUGAUUCUGAGGCCGCUACAUUGAUUAGCUCAACCAUCGAUCCAAGAGAUCAUUACUUUGUUGUUGGUGCCACCAACCCUGAAAUGGAUGAUGAUUUAAGUUUUGCUGAUUGUAUGAACCAAGCAAUUAUUUCUGGAAGUUCUGGUAAUGACUUGCAAGUAUUGGAAAAUAACUGGUGUGAAAAAGCUGGUUUGAAAUUAUUCCAUGAAGCAUUUGCUGAUGAAGUUAAUAAAAACCCAGAAAUCAAAAAUAAACAAGAAAUCAUUGAUGCAUUCAACAGUAAGGUCGGCCCAUUAACUGAAACCUCACACAGAGAAGCUAAGAAAUUAGCUAAAGAAUUAAUUGGUUAUGAUAUCUAUUUCAACUGGGAAUUACCAAGAGUAAGAGAAGGUCUAUACCGUUACAGAGGUGGUACCCAAUGUGCUGUCAUGAGAGCAAGAGCAUUUGCUCCAUAUGCUGAUUUGGUUUGGAUGGAAUCUAACUACCCAGAUUUCCAACAAGCGGUAGAAUUUUCUGAAGGUGUAAGAGCCAAGUUCCCAAAUAAGAUGAUGGCUUAUAACUUGUCACCAUCUUUCAACUGGCAAAAAGCUAUGCCUGUCGAUGAACAAGAAACUUUCAUUUCAAGAUUGGGUGAAUAUGGUUACUGUUGGCAAUUCAUUACUUUGGCUGGUUUACAUACUACAGCUCUAUCAACUUUGAAGUUUACUCAAGAAUUUAUGGAAGAAGGUAUGAAAGCUUAUGCCAACAAAGUCCAACAACAAGAAAUGGAUUUGGGUGUUGAUGUUCUAAAACAUCAAACAUGGUCAGGUGCAGAGUACAUUGAUGGUUUAUUGAAAUUAGCCCAAGGGGGUGUUAGUGCAACAGCUGCUAUGGCUAAAGGUGUCACUGAAGAUCAAUUUAAGAAUUAA